AUGAGUAUGACGUUGGGGAAGAAACGUACCCGAGACUACGGGAACAACAAUAAGUUGCCACAAAUCAAUCCACGAACCCAAUGUAACUUGAAAAAGUUGCGAUUGGAGAGACUUAAGGACAUCUUGUUGAUUCAAAGAGACUUCAUUGAGAACCAAGAACAAGUGAAACCCAAAGAAGAGAUCGAGAAGGAUUCAAGACAGCGAGUGGAGGAGUUAAGAGGAACUCCUUUAGAAAUUUCUAAACUCCACGAAAUGAUAGAUGACCACCACGCUAUUAUUAGUAGUGGUAACACAAUUCAGUAUUAUGUACCUGUUCUCUCGAUUGUAGACAGAGAACUGUUGGAACCGGGAGUUCAAGUGCUGACACACAAUCACAACAAAUCGAUUGUCGGUAUUCUCCAGAACGAUGAAGACCCACACGUCUCUGUCAUGAAAGUCGAUAAAGCGCCGUUGGAGAGUUACGCAGACGUUGGUGGGCUUGAGCAACAAAUUCAAGAGAUUAAAGAAGCUGUGGAAUUGCCAUUGAGUCACCCAGAGCUGUAUGAGGAGAUUGGUAUUAAACCACCAAAGGGCGUCAUUUUGUAUGGUCCACCAGGAACAGGAAAAACAUUAUUGGCCAAAGCUGUUGCCAACGAGACAAGUGCGACGUUCCUUCGAAUUGUCGGAUCUGAGCUGAUUCAGAAAUACUUAGGAGACGGUCCGAAACUUGUGAGAGAGUUGUUCCAAGCUGCUAAAGACAGUGCGCCGUCGAUUGUAUUCAUUGAUGAAAUUGAUGCUGUUGGUACAAAACGAUAUGAUGCACAGUCGGGUGGAGAGAAGGAAAUUCAAAGGACUAUGUUGGAGUUGUUGAAUCAACUCGAUGGGUUUGAUACGCGUGGGGAAGUGAAAGUCAUCAUAGCAACAAAUCGUAUUGACUCGUUAGACCCUGCACUUGUAAGACCGGGCAGAAUUGAUAGAAAAAUAGAAUUUCCGCUUCCCGACAUCAAAACGAAGAGAAAAAUCUUUGAAAUUCACACGUCGAAAAUGACACUAGAAGAAGGAGUUGAUAUGGAGGAGUUUGUCAUGUCAAAGGAUGACUUGUCUGGAGCGGACAUUAAAGCCAUUUGCACCGAGGCUGGGCUCUUAGCGCUGAGAGAAAGAAGAAUGAAAGUCACUCAAGAGGACUUCAAAAAGGCAAAGGAGAAGGUGAUGUAUAGGAAGAAAGAAGGAGUACCUGAUGGACUUUACCUCUAA